UCUCUCUCUCUCUCUCUCUCUCUCUCUCUCUCUCUCUCCAUGGCUGAGCAACAACACCCAAAAGAAGGUUUCAAGAACAUGUUACCAGACAAGGGGGGUCCAUCAACCCCCAAAAUCGUAGCCGUUGUAACCCUCUUCCCCAUCGGAGGUAUCCUACUCACCCUCUCCGGGAUCACGCUGACUGGGACCGUCAUUGGCCUGGCGGUAUCCACGCCGGUGUUCGUGCUCUUCAGCCCUGUGCUGGUUCCCGCCGCCUUCGUGCUCAUGUUAGCGAUGACAGGGUUCCUGGCGUCGGGCGCGAUCGGCCUGAUCGCGCUUUCGGCGCUCUCGUGGAUGGUGCAUUACGCGCGCAGAGCAUGGCCGCUGGCGAAGCAUCGUAUCAGGGAUGUGGCCGGGCAGGUCGGGCAGCGGACGAAGGAAGUCAGCAAGUGACCCAAAGCAAGGCAUGGCAUGAAGUGGGGAGGUCUUGAAUAUGGACGGUCUUGGGCAGGUGGGCGUUUUGGGUGGUGGGGUUUAACCCUUUUAACGGUCUUCUGAAAAAAAUGGCGCGAAAUGGGUUUGGUUUGGUUUGUCAAGGCGUAGUAGGUUAGUGGAAGGCAAGGGUUUGCUGUUUACUUUGGUUUUUUGGUUUUACUUUGUAGGCACACGUGUGCGCUUGUGUGCGUGCGGGUGUCAUUUUCGUAAUAUAAAAUAAAAUGUGGUAUGCAAGGGA